UGAGAACUGAGAAGGUUCAGUUGACAGUUAUCUUACGCUCGUUCGGUCUUCGGUCAUAUAUACCACGGAACAAACUUUGUUCUGUGUAUAUACUAAUCUAUGCGUUCGGUGUCCUGUAUAUCUUGAUUCGUGCGCAACACUUUUGUUAUAUAUAAUUAUUAAAUUGUGCACGUGGGCAUAGGGCAGUUGAGUAACCUUAAAUCGCGAUAGUGGACAUAAUCAUAAAUAACCACAGAUAUAUUAUACUAAUUAGUAAUUAGUAUAUUAUAUCUGCAGAUAACUAGAUAAGUAACAAAACCAUAGAUAAUAUAAUAUUAUCUAUGAACAAAACUCACUACCACUGUCUGGUCCAUAUGACAUUAUAUAAAAUAUCAUGAUAAAAUAACAUCAUGUAAAAUCUAACUGUCAUAAAGUAUAAACUCAUCAGACAUCAAGUUAAAUUUUAAUUGUAUCUUUAUUCUCUUCUGUUCAAACUUAAAAGUUCAAUAUCGUAAUUUAUAUUUUUAAUUUUGUCAUAGUUUCGUUAUAUUCGUUUUAUUUAAAACUCGUGGCCCAUUAUUAUUGUCCGUAAUUAAAAAUACUCCAAAUACCUUGCAUAGGUACUCGUGAAUCAUAGGCAUAUUAAAAUGUGGAAUAUCUAAAUAGUACUGUUAUCUAAUAUUUAUAUUCUAUAGAUAUUAAGAAUAAAUAUAUAAUAUCAAACUUAAACGAAUGCUUAUUUGUUAUUCUCUUACAAUAACAUAUAAUACCUACCUAGUACACCUGCACAAUGUCUCAAAACGAAGUGACGUUUGUAGAAGAAGAAAAUUUCAAGUCAUUAGUAUGUCGAAGACUGGUUGAAUGUGGUUGGAUGGAUGAGGUGACCAUGUUAUGCAAAGAAAAGUUAAAGGAUCGUUUAUCUAAAGGACAAACAGUUCAAUCUAUCACUGAAGACGACUUAUUCAAUGAUGUUGCCCCAGAUGCUAGAAGGAUGUUACCAGAUACAAUCAAAAGAGAAUUAAAAGUAAAAGUACAAAAUAAAUUACUACAAACAGCUGGAUAUUUUGAUGAAACGGAUAGUGAAUCUUAACAUACAAAUCUUGCUCUAAUUUGUACUUAUAGAAAAAUAACAAUUUCAUUUUUAUUAAAAUAAUUAAUUUAUCUUAAAAUGAAACAAAUCAUAAUUUUUAUAAAUAGAGUUAAAUGAAGUAAGUAAGGUACUGGUUUAUUAUAUCCUGCCCAGGUGUGAAAACUUUAUAGUGCUGCUACACAAGAUUUGUUAACUCACUACCAACCAUAAUAAUAAAUAAUAUAUUAAAAUAAACAGACCAAAAAAUAAAUAAUAAUAAUAAUAAAUAGUAUAUAAGUGAUAGUAAAUCAUUUUUUAAUAUGUAUAACAUAAGUAAUUAAGUGAUAAUAAUUGAUUUUUUAAUUAGUUUAAUUAUUAUGAUAUAUUAAUAUAAAAAUUAUAUGUUAUAUGUUAAUUGUACCAUUGGGCUAAGCCCAUUUAUAAAUAUAAAAAUAAAAAGUUUCAAGCAUUAAUAACGUGUAUACACUUAUUGUUUUAGCACAAAUCUUUAAAAUACAUUUUAACAAUAUAUGAAACAAUAAUAAUGGGGCUAUAAAGUUUAUUCCCGGGUGGGGAUAUAACAAACCUGUACCGUAAGCAUAUUUUUAGUUUAUGACUGCCAUAUGAUUUGAUAACUGAAAUGAACCUACUGUAUUUGCUUAAUGAUAAUUGACCAACUGCUGUGCAAGUUAGAUCUCACAAAUUUAACCCAUCCAUUACAAUGACCUAUUCAAUGACAAGGUAUACUUGGGCGUACACUUGACAUGUACUAAAUAAAAAAACUUCCUAGUUUGCUACCCGAAACCACCCCAAAGUAAAUUACCCCCAAUUAAAUUAGUUCUACUGCUACAAAAAAAACCAUUGUAAGCCGAUACGUUUAAAUUUACACUAAAAAUUCAAAACCAAGAAUCUGAAAGGUCCCCUACUGCAAAAAGGAUCUAUAAGACUUUAAGAGAAUGGGUAAUUUGAAAAAUACAACUAAUAUUUGGUAGAUAUAUUUAUUUUUAUUUUUGUAUUAAAAACAUAAUUUAAUAAAAUAUGAUAUCAAAAAUGUACUAAGCAUUAAGCUUAAUAUUCAGGAUCUACAGAUAA